AUGACCAGAAAGGAUAUCCUCCUGACCUACUUCAUCGAACACAUCAACUGGAUCUUCCAAACUGUCCACAUUCCCACUUUUCGCAAGGAAUAUUCGAACUUCUGGGAUGGCGAGAUCGAAAAAGCCGACUUGGUCUGGAUGUCUCUCCUGUUCACUAUUCUAUCGCUGAGUGCGUUGUACAUCCCUGGAGAUGUUGUGGAACUUGUUAGGCUGCAACGAGGGUCAAUCCGUCGAUAUGCCGACACCUGGCAUCAUGCAACACGUCAAGCUCUCCAGGCGGGCAACUUCGAGGAAAAGCCGACGUUGAUCCAACUGCAAACGUUCUCUGUGACCCAACUCUAUUGGUACGCGACCAACAACAUUGAAGUGCUGAAUUCGCGCAUGGGCCAAGCUAUUCGGAAUGCCCAAGCAUUAGGCUUACACAAGGAUCGAGUACCAGCUAGAAAUGUGGACGAAGAAAUGAGGCAUCGUCUCUGGUGGGAUCUUGUCGACUCAGAUACCUUCCAGUCGAUAUGCCUUGACAGGCCACCCUUGAUACAGGUGCACCUCUGGGAAGUGCCUUUCCCACUCAACUGCAAUGAUUCCGACUUGGGCAACGACUUUGCUAAACCACAUCCACUGACUGAACCAACGGCAAUGAGCAUGAACAUAUAUCGAGCAAGAGUAUUUCAGCUGAUCAACAAGGCCUUGGUCUCGAACCCUUCACAGUUCAGAUCAUACAAAUUCAUAGUAGAUCUUGACCGCGAGCUGUUGAGGGUCAUGGAGAAGCUUCCUUGGUAUUCCAAGCUCGACACGGACCGGAAGGUCAAAUUGUUUCCGGGAGCCUAUGACUUCCUACCCUGGGAGAACCACAUCCUUCGUACAUGUGUCAGCACGCAGCGAAUCCGGAUGUACCGCCCCUUCCUCGCCGAUCAAAGCAAUAACGCAUUCAACGAGUGCCUUGCUGCUGUGGAAGACGCUUUGCUCGUUUAUAGGACUCUGCGGGAUGACAAGUCUAUGAGGUCGCAGCAGAAGUUCUAUCCACAAGCGUACCAGAUCUUCUCCGUUGCCGUCACUUUGGCCGCCCUGCUGCUUGUGGAACGCAUAAUACCACAAGCAGCACAGUUCAGAGUUGAUGUACAGACUAUGGCGACGGAUCUAAAAGUCCUCGAAGAUCAAGCGAGCCCAGUCCCAGUGGCGGCGAAUGGUCAUAGGGUGCUGUUAAAGAUGAUGGAAUUGUUUGAGCAAGGAGACACUUGUUCUCCAGAAGAUACCGAACGACUUGUUCCCGACAUAUCCAUCAUACUAGGCGGCGAGAGCUCAACAAGAGCUUAUCUUGGUCGACGUGUAUGCCAUGGUUUGCAGCACCAACGCAUGCUUGGCCAGACUACCACCGUGGCCGAGCAAAUUCCAUCGGCACAAGGUCAAGAGCACCAUAAUGCGGCCGAUCCAGUUAUGAACACUCUAGUGGACGAUCAAGACCUGUCAUUUGACCCCAUGCUUGAACCCGGAGAGGGCAUGUUUGACUUCGAUCAAUCUCAACUGGAAGACCCAUACGAAUUGUUCAGCUGGGACAUGACAGGGUUGUUGUCCGAUGCAACGACAGGCAUGAGACCUUCGUGA